GUAUGUUUACUUUGAAAGAAUAAGUUGAAGCAUUUUUGUAUUGAAAAAAGGCGAAGACGUUAACAAAAAUUGGAACUGUGCGGAAAGCCUGACAACAUUCGAUAUUUCCGACGGCACUUGAAGGCACCGCCGGUGUCUCGUGUGUGGGCAGUGCUCAGACCGAGCAGUUGAUUUGGCUUUAGGACUCUGAAUUUGUCUGAAGUCAGGCGCUUUGGAGAGGGCGCCUGGUGAGGCAGUCAAGUCGGUGUAAGUUGGGCAUGUUCAGGAGGGCAAACACAGGCGGGAGGUGAGGAAAAACAGUCAGCCCUGAGUUGGUGAGUGAGGAAGUGAGGGGGCUUUACAGACGCAAAAAAACAAACAAACCCGGAACUCGAAACGGUCGGAAACGAGCUAACAUCGGCUAGCUUUUCGUUGACAGUGUGUUUGCUGUCAAAGCAGCCGCAACACCGCGGAGGAAGGCGGAAGGCUCUCUUACGUUGAGCGCUUCUUUUUAAAAAAACCUUCCGGGCUUUUAUUUACACAUUCAAAACCUCCUUGAGUUUCCGUCACUUUUAUUUUUUUUAAACCACUUGUGGAUCCAGAAGAUGGCAUCAAGAGGGGGCUUCCCGGCUCCCCAGAUGAAUCCGACUGUGAGCCCCAUGAAUGUUGGCCAUAUCGCGGGCAUGAGGAUGCCUGGGAUGCCGCAGCCUCCCGCGGGUUACCCCCGGAGCAUGACCAGCACUCCCCAAUACCACCAGCGAUCUGGGAUGCCCCCUAGCAGAUUGGGGGGCCUCAUAGGAUCCAUGGGGGGUCAGAUGCCAGGCCCUUCGUACGGCGGUGGCAGCAUUCCGAUGCGUCCAGGCAUGGGCCAUCCUGGCAUGGACGCCUCAAGGAAGCGCUUCCUUCAGCAGCAUCAGCAGCAGCAGGAGGCGCUGGGAGGCCCAAGAAGAGGAGCAAAAAGGCGCAAAAUGGCUGACAAGGUUCUUCCUCAAAGGAUUCGAGACCUGGUCCCCGAGUCUCAGGCCUACAUGGAUCUUCUGGCCUUUGAAAGGAAGCUGGAUCAGACCAUUGCUCGGAAACGCAUGGAGAUUCAGGAGGCCAUCAAGAAGCCGAUCAUGCAAAAGCGCAAGCUUCGCAUCUACAUUUCCAACACUUACACUCCCAGCAAGCCAGAGGGAGAGGAAUCUGAGAAAGUGUCCUCCUGGGAGCUGAGAGUGGAAGGCAAACUCCUGGAGGAACCUGGUAAGCAGAAGAAGAAGUUCUCCUCUUUCUUCAAAAGUCUGGUGAUUGAGCUYGAUAAGGAGCUUUAUGGACCCGACAAUCACUUAGUAGAGUGGCACAGAAUGCCCACCACUCAGGAGACKGAUGGUUUCCAGGUGAAAAGGCCGGGCGAUGUGAAUGUCAAAUGCACUCUUCUGCUCAUGCUUGACCACCAGCCCCCRCAGUACAAGCUGGACCCUCGCUUGGCGCGUCUUCUGGGCGUUCACACGCAGACUCGGGCCAGCAUCAUGCAAGCUCUCUGGCUCUACAUCAAGAACAACAAGCUGCAGGAUAGCCACGAGAAGGAGUACAUCAACUGCAACCGCUACUUCAGACAGAUCUUYGGCUGUCCACGCAUGAAGUUCUCUGAUAUUCCCAUGAAACUAGCAGGCCUGCUGCACCACCCCGACCCCAUCAUCAUCAAUCACAUCAUCAGUGUGGAYCCCACCGAUCAGAAGAAAACGGCCUGUUAUGAUAUCGACGUGGAGGUGGACGACCCUCUGAAAGGCCAGAUGAACAGCUUCCUGUCCUCCACCACCAACCAACAGGAAAUUGCUGCUCUUGAAAUGAAGAUCCAUGAAACGAUUGAAUACAUCAACCAGCUUAAGACGGAGAGAGACUUCAUGCUGAGCUUCAGCAAUAAUCCACAAGAGUUCAUCAAGGACUGGUUGAAGUCCCAGUGCAGAGAUCUGAAGCUGAUGACCGACGUAGCAGGAAACCCAGAAGAAGAGCGAAGAACCGAGUUCUACCAGGAACCCUGGGUUCCUGAAGCAGUGGGCAGAUAUGUCUAUUCCAAAGUGCAGCAGAGGAAGCAGGAGUUGGAGCAAGUGUUGGGCAUCCGACUCACCUAAAGAUGGAUUCUGGAGUCUUCGUAGCCACUGGCCGGCUUCAGUCAGCUCAUCCAAUCUUGAAUGAUUAUUCAAGAUUGCUUAUUUGAAACUGGAAAUAGUUCAGCCAUUCUUGCAGGUUAAAAUGUUCAACACGGCCCUUUUUCUCUUAGCAAGAAAGAGGGACAAAAGUGAUGAUUUAUGUGUUAUGUAGUAAAGUAUUUGCUUUGCGUUG